AUGUCACUGGCCGCACAAUUCUCGCCGCCGGUCACCGGAACAAUCAGAAGUGUUAGGAAAACAGCCUUUCCGAUGAAAUCUCCACCUUCCACUCGUCGACUAUUCCCGGUUUACCCUGAGAUCAGAACUCCGGCGAUGAGUAGUCUGAGAAAAUCGCAUUAUCUAGUGGCUAAGGCUAUCGAACAGAGUCGUGAUACAGCUGGAUCUGAAUCCGAGUCAGAGGCAACUCCGUCACCGGCGGAUAGUGGAAGCGGAGAGAAAGAGGUGGAGAUCAGCGCGUUGGGAGCAGAGAUAAAAGCGGCGAUGGAGCAGAGAAAAGCGGCGGAGGAGUUGAAAGGGAAGAACGAGUUACUGAGUGGAGUGGCGGAGGAAGUGAAGGAGAUUGAGUGGCCGGCAUUUCAGAAAGUGCUCGGAACGACAGGCGUCGUGCUCGGUGUUAUCGCCGGUUCUAGCGUCGUAUUGCUCACCGUUAAUUUCAUUUUGGCUGAACUCUCCGAUCGUGUGUUCAUCGGAAAAGGUGUUCAAGACUUUUUCAGCUGA